GGAGUGAGCGGAAGAAGAGCUAAAGGAAGUGAUUGCUAAGCGACCACAACAGCCAAUGGCUACACGGGGGCGUGGCUUACUGUCCGAACUAACCUGAGACAUUUCCCUGUAGAGCAGUGACUGGGGCUCCGGGCAGAGAUGGACAAGCUGUGGGCUUUGCUGCAGAGAACUCUGGGCACAGUCAGGCACCACAUUGGCACUGACCAGUUUGGCAAUAAAUACUAUUAUGUCCCUGAGCAGAGAAGCUGGACAGGUCGCUCUAUCAGAGAAAGAAGACUUGUGGACCCAGUGAAUAAAAACACACAUGAAUAUCAGCUCGGCCACAUCCCUACAGAAUGGGAGGCCUGGAUCAGAGGCAAGCGGAAAAAUCCUCCGACAGUCGAGGAAAUACUUCAAAAUGAAAAAUCAAGAGAAGAAAUAAAAAUGAAGGUGGAAGAAGGUUUGAGGAGGGACACAUUGAGCGAAGCAGCAGAAUAUAGAGACGGGCUUGUUACUCAGAUUAAGGGGCACGCCGCAGCACCGCAGUUUGGCAAGCACGUACCCUCACAGGAGCCUGUCAGCACGGCUAACACUUUCCAACCAGGAUCCUGGGCCCCACAAGGGGCUGCUAACCAAAAGAAGUAAUAUGAUUAUUAAUAUUUAUUUAUAAAGCACCAACAUAUUCUGCAGCGCUGUAUACAUUUAAUGUGUAAAAAUACUUUUAUAAGUUUGUGUGUGUAAUAAAAUGUGUCAUUGAUGAGCCUGUC